AUGGCAUCAAAGGCUGAAUUAGCUUGUGUUUACUCUGCACUCAUCUUGGUUGAUGAUGAUGUCGCCGUUACUGGUGAAAAGAUCUCCACUAUUCUUAAAGCCGCUGCCGUUGAUGUAGAGCCAUAUUGGCCAGGCUUAUUCGCAAAGGCUUUGGAAGGUGUAAAUGUGCGUGACCUCAUCACAAACAUCGGAUCUGGAGUUGGAGCUGCCCCUGCGGUUGGUGGUGCACCCGCUGCUGCUUCAGCUGCAGCUCCGGCAGCAGAACCAGCCAAGGAAGAGAAAAAGGAGGAAGAACCUGAGGAGUCUGAUGAUGAUAUGGGCUUCGGUCUCUUUGACUAA